AUAUGUGACUUAGAUGAUGAUAACCUACUGACUCUUUUGCAUAAUAAUAAGUUUCUUUAUAUCGACAUUCUCUACUAAUUAAUCCCAAAAUAAAACCAUAAAGUGUAUAUAUAUAUGAGUAAGUACCUCGUCCUCAUAUUGCUCAGGAAUUUUUGUGGUAGUUAGUGUGCAAAUUUCAAGCACAAAGAUGUUCAAGUUUGUAGUAGCCGUGGUUUUUUUGUCAGGGACAUAUCAGUUCUGUAACUGCGAUGUGCAUUCAGCAACAGUUCGUCUCUACGACCCCACAGGAAAUACUGAAGUGACUGGAGAAUUGAAUUUCACGCAAGUAGAGAAUGGCGUUCGUAUCACCGGGGAAAUUCAUGGAAUUCACGAGGGAAAACAUGGUGGUCACGUGCACGUAGAUGCUGACAUUUCAAAAGGAUGCAUCGGGGCUGGUGGACCUUUCAAUCCCCACAACGUUCGCCAUGCAGGGCCCGAUGACGAAAUCCGCAACACUGGAGACCUUGGCAACGUCGUAGGAGACCGUUUCGGCGUCGCUCACAUUGACGUCGUGGAUAAGAGAAUCAAGUUGAACAAAGGCAUUGAUGGUAUCAUAGGAAGAGGGUUCGUUAUCCACGAAAAAGAAGACGAUUUGGGCAGAGGAAAUAAUGCGGAGUCUGGAAAGACCGGAAAUUCCGGGGGUCGUAUAGCUUGCGGAGUCAUCAAAGUACUGGAAGAAUGAAUAACCUACGAUUAACUACUGAGAAAUCAAGGGAGAUUGAAUUAAAUGAUCCAAAUCAUCUGAUAAUUCAUGGCAAUGUUUGUACUAGCUUAGUAUUCAAUAAGUAUUUGUGUAAAAUACAAAGUGAGGAAUCAAUCAAUCAAUCAACUUCAUGAAAGGAAUAAUGUUCACUAUACAGGGUGUAACUGAAUAAGUGUAAAACAUUUGAGGGGCUGAUUCCUCAUCGAAAAAAAGAUGGGAUCU